AAACCAAUUCAUCUAUUCGGAAAAGUUAUGAGCUAAUGAUAGAACUGAAAUAGAAAUUGAAAGAGUAAAUAUUCGCCCGCGAACACUUUAUUUUCUUGGAUUGCUAAAUUUGGGUCAAUCCAAUACGAUAAAGAGUAAAACAAAAGAAAGAUUCGUUUUAACAGUCUAAAAUAGAUAAAUAUAAGAAAAAAUAGUUAUGUUAUUUAAUAUAUUUAGUUAUCUAUACAAACAAGAUAUACAAAUUCAUAAUAGAUUUGAUCUAGAUUAAAUGAAAUCCAUGAUUCAUUAUAUUACUUAUUAAAUACAUGUAUAUUUUCAUUCAAAUUAUAUUCUAUCUGAAUUGAAUUCAAAAUGUUUAAUUUGAAUUCAUUUUAUUCGCGAGGAGCUGGAUGAGAAGAAACUCUCACGUCCAGUUCUGUAGUAGAGAUGGAAUUCAAAAUAAACCAUCAACUAUAACCCCAAAAGAACCAGAUUCCGUAAACAACAUAGAGGAAGAAUGAAGGGAAUAUCUUAUCGAGGUAAUGCUAUUUGUUUUGGUAAAUACGCUCUUCAGGCACUUGAACCCGCUUGGAUCACCUCUAGACAAAUAGAAGCAGGUCGACGAGCAAUGACACGAAAUGCACGUCGCGGUGGAAAAAUAUGGGUCCGUAUAUUUCCAGAUAAACCAGUUACAGUAAGACCCGCAGAAACACGUAUGGGUUCAGGUAAAGGCUCUCCCGAAUAUUGGGUAGCUGUUGUUAAACCAGGUCGAAUACUUUAUGAAAUGGGUGGAGUAACAGAAAAUAUAGCCAGAAGGGCUAUUUCAAUAGCAGCGUCCAAAAUGCCUAUACGAGCUCAAUUCAUCAUUUCGGGAUAAAAAAGAAA